AUGAAUCCUGUUCGAUGGGGGUUCGAAGGGGACACUGAGCUCACUUCGUUUGGCAAACGGCAGUCUCUUGGAUUGGGUCGAGAGAUGAGACGUUUCGUCGGCGAUUUGGUGAACGAGAACUACCUUCCUAACCAGGCCAAAUACUACUCGAGUUCAGCUAACAGGUGUCAGAUGACAUUACAGGACCUGUACAAAUCUCCAUAUCCUUCCUGGAUAUCCAAACCCACUCUGCGUGGUUACAAUGCCGCUUCUUUCAAGAAAGCUGUGCUAUCAUUUGGAGAAAAUCAUCAGAUCCGCUGCGCAGAAUAUGCUCCUUGCAGAAACAUUAUGGGAGGCGUGUGGCUGAAAAAUCUGCUGGACUCUAUCAGGAGCGCGAUCAAAGGUGAAGGCCCAAGCGUCAUCGGAUAUGCUUCGGUAAGUUCAUAG